AUGCAGUCCAUGACACUGCUGAACGGGUUACAGAGAGAAAACUCUGCAAAGGACGCCUUCGUGCAUCAGGCGAAGAGAGAGAUUGGAAAACUUAAGAAGGAUCUACGUGAAAAGGAUUCAACAAUUUCCACCAUGUCGACGAAGGUUAGGUAGAAUACACGAAAACUAACGUUGCCUUAACCUCAAAGAUAAUUUUAAUCGUAGCCUGCGAGUACAGCUUUCUCUCAACACUCCCCCUUCGUUGUGAGGUUUCGAGAGGCGCCCUCAGCUACGUGGAAAAGCCACUAGCAAGCUCUCUAUUUCUGGAGGGAACAAAGCCAGCCUCGAGGGACUCGCGACUCCACCAAAUGGCCAUGGAGAACUUGUUCGCAGGGUACGACGUGAAACGAUUACUUUUUCCGCGUUACACGUUCGGCUGUAUCGAGGGUUCCCAAUAGGUUUUUGGGGAUCCGGGAUUUGCCUUAUUUGAAUAUCGGGAUCCGGAAUUUCCCUUAUUUGAAUCGAUUACCAAAUGGCCAUGGAGAACUUGUUCGCAGGGUACGACGUGAAACGAUUACUUUUUCCGCGUUACACGUUCGGCUGUAUCGAGGGUUCCCAAUAGGUUUUUGGGGAUCCGGAAUUUGCCUUAUUUGAGGGCCGGGAUUCAGAAUUUUAAAGCAAAAUGGAGUUGAGAUGUGCACGGGAUGCUAAUCUCCCUCGCAUCCGUUUUAGUGUCGUCACGCAACGUUCCUAGUGGAGCAAAAUCCUUUCUCAUCUUAAACCAUAAAAGUUAAUGCAAAGAUCUGUGUAGCCUGCGUGGCAGGCGCUAUAUCCCCUACCCCUUUCGACGCCUGCUACGUAGGUUUUGAUAUGUGGUGAUUUCAGUUCGAAUAGACGCCUUUAAUCUGCCAACAGCUGUCUAAUAUGAAACUUUAUAAAAACAGCGUGCGAGCAAGCUUUCUAUUUUGUGUGGCGCGAAGCGAGCACGUGUGAGGCAGAGGAAAGGAAAGCCCUCGUUUCUUUCUUCAACCUACUCUCUCGUGUCUCCUCUCGUGUGUCGCUUGCAUGUGGCUUCAAACAAUGUAACUCCACUGAAAAGCUUGCUCGCAUGUAGAGUAACACAGAAGAGUCACUUGUACAAUCAGUCGACUACACAUAAGGGAGUUUUAGUAGAGGCGUUUUGAGCGACGCACGUCAAUCGGAAGUCAGGUCGUUUCCCUGUUAAUGCCCUGACGCCACCAGAUUUGUAUUGCUAAGUGUUUUAACUCUUAUAGAGACAAUUUGCCCUAAAAUUAGGGCAAGGCCACUAGCCAAAAGGCAAAAACGCUACUUCCAGUUGACGUGCAUUGUUUCAAAAUGUCCUUUCUUAAGCUCACUAUUGAACCGUUGGAACUAAAGCUACAAGGCAGCUUAAGCAACUACGACGGCGACGGCUACGAAAACAUCACUUAAAAAGUGAAUUCGCGUGGCUUUAAACUUUAUCGCGCUUAUUCCAUCUCGUUCAAUUCGUCAAAUAUUGGCAAAUUUUCCAAGAGUUGAACUCUAAAAGACUGUAUCGAAGUUCAGAGAAAGAAAAAGAAGGUCGUUGUCUUGUGUUCACGUCCUCCACAAAAUGUGAAAUCAGGAAGUUUGACGUCGUAGUCGUGCAGUGACGGCAAAGAAAUGUACAAAAAAGCGUGAUGCACGUGCAAAGUUGUUGUUUUGCCAAUCUAAACUUAUUGCUUUUUUGCUGUUCUCGUUGCCGUCGCCGUCGUCUUUGCUUUAGCUCACUUAUAUGUCACUAACAACGACAACGUUCAAAGUGCCCAAUCUCCUUUUAACAUCCUGUAAAGUAUUUUUCACUUAAGGGUUAUUCAGGGGCACCCAACGACGGUUUGCUCCUAAAUACAUUGAAAACACUUUUUAGGCUAUCCAGAGUACUUUAAGAUAUCUAGAAAAGCAUUCUAAGCGGCGUUGUAAAAUUUGUAUCUGUUCGGUCAUCCUAGGGAAACUUGAGUCUUUUCGAAAUAACAAGGGCUUGAAUAUUAUUUUCCCGAAAGUUUUCCAUGAAAUUUGACGUAUUACGAAAGUGAGACAUUUUGUUAUUGAUCUCUCCAUCACAUUUUUGAAUUGGAAAAUUCUGGGUCUCCUUUUUUCUAUGAAAAAUAACCUAACUUGGGAAGUAAAAUGCGAAAACUAAUCUUCAGAAAAUCGUCGGCAAUUAAUUAGAUAAGCUUCGAAAAUUGUUGAUGAAUGGAACGGUCAUCUAGAAAUUUGUAGCCGUCGUCCAAGUGACUGAUAGAAAAUUCUAGGGAAUAGUUGCUUUCCGAACAGAUAUUUUAAAGAAACAGCCCUUGGGUGCCCCUGGGUUAAUAAAUAUGUACAAACUGUAUGUAACGUUCAAGCUUUCUUUCUCUUAUUUUCAGCUAAAAGGCAGAAGGCCGCUAAAGAAGUGGAGAAAGAGGCACAAAAAUUACAACAAGAGCUUUAUUCAACAAAAGGGGUAAGAAUUGAGUGGUCUGUUAUAAAGGUCUUCUCAUCUGAAACAUCACCUAUUUUACUUUAGAGUUCUAGGUUUAACACCUUGUAAUCGGUCUUAUAAUUAGUAAACAGCCAGUACAUAGGUACAGUUUCCAUCGUGUUUCAUUUUCCAUUGUGUGGAAUAAUGGUUAAGGAUGUACUAAAUAAUUAGUUAAUUUAACUAUCUUAACCAUUUUUCUAAGAGCCUUUUUACAUGGAGGUGGGGGACCCAAGGCAGGUGAGGUAACCCGCCUGUGCAUAUAAUCUCUCAUUUUAAUUUGAUCACGUCUACAUGAUGGGUGGGGUGACCCGCCACAUGUUACCACACCUACCUGGGGUCCCCCACCUCCGUGUAAACAGGCUCUAAAUAAUGUGCUUCUCUUCAUUGAAAUUGCGCCCGCAGUAACAUAUUAAAUUUACUUUUCAAACGUUACCAAGGACCUUUCAUUUGGUUAGUAGUCAGUAGUGAGCUCAGAAACUUGACAAGCCUCAAAACCUUCAAGAAACAUAUACGCGGUGUGGACCUUUCUAGCCAUAUAGAUAAUAAUAGUAACUGCUGUGACUUUUGUAAAUUCAGAGUCAUGAACAUUUGUAUAUAGUUUUAGGUUUUAGGUAAGAUCAUUAAUUUAAAAGUCAUGUAAUAGAUUAGGGCCAGUUCUUACGAAAGUGUCCCCAAUUAGCUAAUAUAACUGUUGAACUAAAUACAUUGACAAUAAAACAAAGUUGUUAUUCUUAAACGCUUAAAAGUUUUUAGUACUUAUUUGUUAUUACAUAAAUAACGCAACGGAGUGUUAGAGAUAUGUUAAGCCUAUGUUUUUCAGAUGUUUACAGGAUAAUUUGGUUGGCUAAAUUUCAUUGAAAUUGGUCAAAUAUUCCCAGAGUUAUGACGCUAUGAGGAAUUAAUUCAUGGCAAGCCUUACAUAACUCUAAUCAACAAUGUUUUUGUGCAAAGUUACACGUAAUAGGUAAAGCCAAGACAAUUAAGUAUCCUUUUAUCGUCAUUGUUAACACGUUUUACCCGAAGGCUAUUGAUAAACCCACAUUCCUUUCUGUCCAGUUCAUUCUCGUAAGCCGCCAUUUUGUUUUCGUGCACAGUAAUUUUUAGGGAGUUAUUAUAACUCCAAAAAUGGAGUAAAAAUUUUAGGUACAGGAUAAACCCUUUUUGGGGGGUUUCUUUAACUCCAAAUCUGGGUGAUUCUUUGAACUCCUUUUUUGGAAUUAAAAUAACUCCGAAAAAAAUAACUUUACUGUAAGGAGUUAAAUUAAACCCACUAGAGCAGUUAUUAUAACUCCUUGAAAAUUACGGUUGCUAUUAAGCUUCCGAAGUGACUGUAAUACGCUUGCAAAUGCGUGCAGCGAGCGUGCAGCAGGAAGUCCGUUUACUUGUUUACUUAGUGUAAUGGAUUCGGCUUUUGAGCUUUUGUGUUGUUGAUACAUCUUCAUGUUUUAAAAACAAAACGAGACAAACGUCCUUUCAGGAAUGUCAAUAAACUGAAUAGUUAUGUUUCCCUUUAGUUUCUUAGUUAAAACCAAAGAAGUCUGGAUUGUCCAAAAUUAAGUUUUAUCACAAAUUAAAUAUCCUUGUUUCUAUUAAUGCUCUUGUCUUUCGCAAAAUGUCUGUUUUUUUUUUUCUCAUUCCGUUGUUUUUAAUGGGGUCAUAAUUCGUUCUAUAUUGUCUAAAUGUCUAGGUUUGAUCUGAUCUGAGCGGCUGACAGGUUUUCAGAGUCCGUUGAAGUUUAAUGAAUGUCAAGCCACUUGAAAAAAACGUGUAAAUUUUCUGCACAGAGCCACGCAAUAUUUUAGGUUUAUCGGGAAAGUCACAGUUUGAAUUUUUGCGAAAGUGAAGCGUUCAAGUUUCCAUGAAAGCAGCUACUGGAAGAAGCUAAUACCAACAGUAAUCACAGUUUUAUUUCGUUGUAGUUAUACAUGUAAUAAUUUCAAUGCAUGCUUGUAUUGCAAGCUCGUUAGCGCAGGUAAUUCCCUGUAACUAAUUGUUCGUUUAAGUAGCUUUUUCUUUUUCUGCCGGUUUUACAUGCAUUAAGUUUAGCCGCAGGAUUAUUUGUAAACGGCUUGCUUAGGCAGUUCAUUGAGAUAUAUCAUUUGUGCAUCGUUACCCAAGCCUGUAUUCAAACAGAGCGUCGACUCUUGUCUGUUCCUGUGAAUGAGAGUACCAAUUAUGUUAUUUUACUUCUUUGAUUUCUUUUUUUGCCCUUUUCAGAAACUUCAAACCACAGAGAAGCAAUUGAAGGAAAGGAUUAAAACCAUCGCUGAUUUAGAACACGAGUUAGAGAAGAUGAGAGAUCAUCUCGGCGAAGGAAGACAGGUUAGUUGCCAUAGCACCUAGACCUGAAUAUCCCGGAUGUUGUGCCUGAAUCAGAGCAAGUCCAACCACAUUGCGGAAGUUCAUAAUAUUACGUACCAGAUUUUAUAAUUCUCCAACCAGGAGUCGAACCCAUGACUUUUUGGUUAUUGCCUUUUUAUAGGAAAUAAACGACUCACGAAUUUAAGUCGCGUUAAUUUUUUGAAACGUUAAUUUUCCCGCCGUUAAUGUGGAGCUUUGAUUUCCACGGUCAUAAAGGGGCUGUGUCACGGCUGUCCAGUUCAUUUUGUCAAUAUCUAGUGCCAAUUAUGCGUCCUUAUUUGCUAUGGAACUUACAGCUGAACUUAACGUUAGCGGAGAAAUUACUCGUAAUGACAAAAUCCCACGCAUUAUAUCAAACGCUAAAAACAAUAAAAAUGAAUCUUCUUCAAGUUUGUCCAUCUGUGCCUUCUAUUGUAUUUGCUUUGUUAUAUAUCUGUCUGGAUUUGUUAAAACGUGGCUAAAGAAAUUUCAAGUGCAUUUUAACUAUUUGACAUCUAAGUGGAAUGGGAAGCAGUUAAAAGUCACUAGCUGAAGCUAAACAAUGACAGUAUUAUUGCUGGCAAUAGACGGUAAAGUUCUCUCGCAGAAGUAACAGGAUUUUGCGAUGAAAUAAACAACAAUUGAAACGUUCGGAAAUUAGUCAGCCAAACCGUGAGGCCCACAGCUCAGUGUCGGCCGAAAACAGAUUAAGAAUCCACAAUCUUUGAGCACAGAAUAGGCUUUCUAAGACAAAAUCACCUGAACGAAACACUCACGAAGCGUUUUUAUGCUUGACACAAAGUAUUCUAGUAACACGAGCUCAACCGCACAUACCUGAGAUUUGUCUGUCAACACUUUCGGUAAAUCACACAAUGAAUGACUUUCGCGGCAAUCACAACACUUCCCAAAACCACUCAUAAUAUUUCCACACAUAACACGGGCGAAACAUCGUCAAAUUACUCCGUAAAACUCUCGCUUUCUCCACAUAAAUCGUCACAUGGAACAUUUCUCGACUCACUGAUCCCGGAUGUAAACCAGCGGUUGAAAAGGAGACAUGCAGCCCCCACCUUCCGCACAAUUUUUUAACUAAGUCUUUGGCCUGGUCAGAAAUCAGCAUGAAUUUCCAUCUUGCCGAAUAUUUAAUAUUGUUUGCCACAAUUUUGCCAACUGACAGUUUAUUAUUAUUAUUAUUAUUAUUAUUUUUCAAUACUUUUUAUUUUUAUUGAAAUUUGUUUUGUUACUCACUGACAUAUUUAUCUACUUAUUUAUUAUUUUACUUUCUGCUUUGUAUUAAUGUUGUUAAUUUGUUGUCAAUUAAAAAAAAAUCUUGCCGAAUAGAUUUCAACCCUAGAACCUACUUUGUGAGGCCAAAGACUUGUUACUGCCAACAAUAAAGCUCGCAAUAUCCAAUCUUUCGGUCUCAAGCCCGGGAUCAAUCUUUCACCCGUGUAGCCCGAAAGGAGACGAAAUACCAGAAGAUAUUGGACGCAGCAGACUUUGCUAGACGAGAGAAUUGUUCCUUCAUAAGGCUUAAUGAUGCCUUCCGGAAAACUUUGCUCAAGGCAGCCAAAAAAACUCUAAGAUAACCCACCAUGAGAGCCGAGUUCAGUCUAAUCCGCGCGCUGAUUUCAAACUGACAUACAGUGAGACUUAUGGGAAGUUAUGAAAAACAUUUUUUUUUGGAGGAGGGGGGGGGGGGGGGGUAAUAGGUUAAAAGCUAGCGAGAAACUCAUCAAAGUCUAUCUACUGUGGCCUAUCCGGUACUGAUUAAAUAAAUAAAAAGUAACUAUGAAAAAAAACAAACAAACAUGCUCCACUACAAGGUUCAGUCAGAGGGUAUAAGAGAGAUUUCUGUAGCCAUGUUUUUGCAAAUCCAGACAGAUAUCUGUUCUUAUAAUUUGGUGGCAGUUCCUACUGCUUGAAUUUUGAUAAAUUUCGUGACACAGCUCCUUUAAUUUCCACUAUUUUGGAUACACUUCUGACGUUCUUGACACCUAGGAAAGAGGAGUAUUUUAUCAGGUUGGAGAUCCGUCAGUAACAGUGAAACUGUCAAGAACCCUUGAAGUGGCCAGAUUUCUUCGUUAGACAUAAGUCCGACGUAUUUAAUUUGGGUCAACCCAUGAAUUAAGAUGGAGUGGCCCACAUGAUUUUCGACUGUAGAGUGACUUCGUUUCAAACGUCGAACUUUUCAUGUGUUGAAACUAAUGCAUAAAUUACUAUAAUUCAUUUUCACCGAUAAACAUUGUAGACCAUUGUACGUGGUGAAAGUCAAUUGAGUCCGACUAAUUAAGUUCGACGCCUGAAUCAAUCGUCGAAUUGUUGUGAUUUGGGCCGACCUAAAUAGGUAUCAAGUUUGGUGCAUACAAAGUUGGUCGUUUGAGUUGGGCCUAACUUUGUUUCUGUUGUCCCAACAAGUUUAGUUUCUUUGUGAGCAUCCUGUUAAUUUUCUCCAUUUUGAAAUGUUAUCCUCUCUUCCUCGUUAAUUUCCUUUAUUUCAAAGUCGUUUUCCACUAAAGUCGCGUUAAUUUCCAAUACCAUAAUUUUAUGAAGCUUUAAUUACCUAGAAUAGGGUAGUCCACAUGCUCUACAGGGGAGAUUUUGUGUCCAGCGGUUUUUAGUAAAAACAAGGGUUUGUGGGGGUUACUCAGUCUUGCGGGCUCAAAAACCUCCCUUACGUCGAUCUUAUUUCAUAUUUACCCACCUUAAAUCAGUCCCAUAAUGCAGUUCGACAAAAACCGACCCAGUCUCACCCACGCUUAACUUUGAAAAUGACCCAGUCAGGUAAUCAGUGAACAAACCUUCUCUCUUAAAAGAGCGACAAGGCGAUUCAGCAGGAACUGGAUCACGCUAAAGCUCAGUGUCUGGACGCA